AUCAAUCUUCGCAAAAAAGGAACCAUGAAAGGAAGAAUGGGACUAUUGUUUCUUGUUCUAUUGGGUGCUGCCUGGGCUUGUGAUGCAAGAGGACUGGCAAACCGUGAUCAUUGGAACACUAAUACAGCAAACUCUGGCACUGCUGAAAUAAACAGAAAACCAGAUGUGUGUGCACUUUGUGAGGAAUAUACUGCCAAGGCACUUGAUUAUCUAAAUGCAAACAAGACCCAGAAUGAGAUCAUUGAUAUCCUUCGCAAUACUUGCUCUCAACUUCUUUCUUUUAAGCAGCAGUGCAUCACUUUGGUGGACUAUUAUGCUCCUCUUUUCUUCGUAGAAAUUGCUUCAAUUCAGCCUGGAGAUUUCUGCAACAAGGUCAACCUCUGUCAGCACAUUGCAAGUAUUUCCUUACAAGUUCAAGAACAUAGCUGUGAGUUUUGCAAAGAUACUGUUUCAGAGCUAUUGGCUAAGUUGAAAAAUCCUGACACUGAGCUAGAGAUAAUUGAGACACUACUGAAGGUGUGCAAUUCGGUGGAUAAGUAUGCAAAUAAGUGCAAGAGGCUAGUAUUCCAGUAUGGACCCUUGGUUUUUCUCAGUGCAGAGAAAUUCCUGGAGACAACAGAUAUAUGCACUGCAUUACAUGCCUGCAAGCUUUCGACAGUAGUUGACCAGAAAGCCUCUCUAUCUGUCUAUUAAUUAUGUGAACAAAGUUAUACCGGAUUUACAGUGCACUUGUUGCUAAGGGUGCUAUAUAUAUAUAUAUAUACAUAUAUAUAUUGAGAGUGUGUUUAAAUUUGAUACACUAUCAGUGUAAAGUUUUUUAUACUAUCAUCUGAUGAUGUGUUGGCACAAUAUUAAAAAGUUACUUCCUAUGGAGUAUCUGUGAUAGUCA